CCGUGAUCAAAGUACGUCCGUGCAGGGUACUAGUGCUCUCCGAACAGUCGCUCUUGUUCUCUAUAAUCACCUUUUUUUUUGUGGGGGUGAAAACUACAGAAACGGUUUUAGGGAUGAAGCUGGUGAAAACUCAAAGGACAGAAUUCCUGGAGAAUAUCAGUGUUCUGCAGUGGAUCUGGAGCUUCCUCCUGUUAGGUCCGGCUUGUAUUGGAUUGAUGGUGUACCUUCUGUUGACCUGUCUGUGGCCGCUGCCUGUUCUCUACCUCAUCUGGCAGUUGACGGACUGGCACACACCUGAAAGAGGAGGCAGGAGAAGUUCUUUUGUGAGAAACUGGAAAGUGUGGAAUCGCGUUAGGGACUACUUCCCCAUGAAGUUAGUGAAGACGGCGGAGUUGAACCCGAACGAGAACUACAUCUUAGGGUGUCAUCCUCAUGGGGUGUUGAGUAUCGGAGCCUUUGCCUCUUUUAGCACCGAGGCCUGUGGAUUUAUGGACCUCUUUCCUGGGGUGCGCUCCUGCCUCUGCAUCCUGGGGGGCCUCUUCAAGAUCCCCCUCUACAGGGAAUAUGCCAUGGCCACAGGUUGUUGUCCAGUCAGCAAGCCUAGUCUAAAGCACCUUCUGUCUAAUAGUGGACAAGGCAAUGCGGUGGUGAUUGUGAUAGGGGGCGCUGCUGAGUCACUGUUGAGCCUGCCUGGGGUUAACACUGUGGUUAUGAAGCAGAGGAAAGGCUUUGUCCGGGUGGCCCUGGAGUUUGGGGCUAACCUGGUGCCCGUCUACUCGUAUGGGGAGAACAAUAUUUUCCGCCAGGUGAUCUUCUCUGAGGGGAGUUUGGGCUGGAGGUUCCAGCAACUCUUCAAGAAGAUCAUGAGCUUUUCCCCAUGUCUGUUUGUAGGUGAACGCUGGUUCUGGAUGCCUUACCACUGUCCGGUCACCACUGUCGUGGGUAGUCCUAUCCCAGUGCCAAAGAGGCCUUUUCCCACUCAGGAGGAGGUGGACCACUAUCAUGGCCUCUAUAUGGAAUCCCUGGUCAAGCUCUUCAAUGAACACAAGGCCAGCUGUGGACUCUCAGACAGCCACGAGCUACAGAUCGUAUAGACCUGUCGUUUAGACUGCUCCCACGAGGACAAUGUGAAUGACACCGUAGCCUAUUGAUCUCCACACUGAGAAUACUUGAAUAAACACAUUCCCACUGGAGGAUCUGAUCCAGAGAUGUCAAUAAUCAUUGAUCCUUGGAUUUAGCCAAGCUGCCUGGCUACUAGCGUUUUACUGACAACUAGGAUCUCACGUCAUUUGGUCAGAUGCUGUUUACGUAGUCUGUCCACGAGAUAUUACUUUAAGAAUGACUACAACGGAAUAGUGCAUGUGCUUAAUAUGUAGCAAUAAUUUAACCAUGAUUUAACCAUCAUUUAACCAUUAUUAAACAGGUUCAAAUUCAGCUCAUUCUCCAUUUCAUAAAAAAACAGUGAUUGAUUGUGUGACUUAGGGUUUACUUAGAAACACUGGGCUGACAUGUUGAGUACGAUCAAUUUUCUUAAUUAAGAGUGUGAACACAGUCUGCCUCCCAGACCCAAAGAUCAGCUAACUGAAACACACACACACACACACACACACACACACACACACACACACACACACCAAUAUUAUAAAGAGGUGUUUGAGCUGCCAGUCCGAAAGGAAGGACACUCUCAACAUGAUGAUUUUCAUCUAAUGUCAUGUCAUUCCUAUGACACCUCUGGCCUAAUGACUGUCAUUCUGGAAGGUCAGCACUGGACACCUGACCCGAACUUUCUAUUCUGUGAAGAGGGGUCACCACCACCAUCCUGUAUCCAGCUCUGUGUUCUCCUAUCUGGGGGUGUGAUCAGUGCACAGACAGCCUCUUCUCUCCAGGGUUCUGUGGAUCCGUCAGAGUGAUUCACCCUCAACCUGAAACACACCCGUCUGUUCAUGUCCGCUUUGGACUCUUGUCACCGUUUAUCUUUUAAAAGCCAUAACUCAUCAGUGUGUCAAAGUGUUACUGGAUGAAAUCGUUAUCUCUGCAGCCUCCGCUGAACCGUGAUCAAAGUACGACAAUGCAGGGUAAAACUGCACACGCAAUUAUUGGAAUAUAAAACAAAAUCCUUGUCACCUGAUCCAUCAUUACAACGUGUUUUAAAUCAUUGUUUGGUCUCACCA